AUGACGAGUAACGCAACUGUAUUCACUUCACAACCGAUGAAAAGCUGCAGUGGCAGCAGCAACAGCAGCCACGACGGCCGUACUGAAACUGAGUCAACGGAGCCGGAGGGCACAGAAGAAGCAACAGACGCGCCGGAUAGCCAAAAUUACAAGACAUCGGCUGUUGCGGAGAUCGAGAGGCCGUUGAGGAACACUACAGAGGCGGACAAUAAAUCGUCUUCAGAAACAGAGGAGGAAAAGGAGGAGGAGAACUCAAAAAGGACCAUUCAGGAGCCUGACCAGGAGGACGGAGAUGAAGGUGGUGGUAUUUCUACAAAUGCAGUCGUUCGGCGUCCCGGGCCAGUAGGAAAAAUUCUUCUCGAACCAGAGAACAAGAACGGAGCCUCGGCGGCCGUCAUCGCCCAGGAUACCGCCGCGGCGAUGCUGUUUUCGCUGCAGCUUCCGAUACCCAGUCUGACCACCAACUUGAUCCACCAGCUCGCGCGGGACAGUAUCAACGAUAAGGCUUGCCAUAGCCUGCGCAAAAGUAUCGUACUCGUAGUAAUUGCAGUCAUGCAUUACAAAUCUCUUUCAUGAGGAAAAUCCGCAUUACAAAUUUUAUUUCUCAUGCUGAGAAAAUAUGCAUUUUCUUACGAAUACGGAGACGAUACUUUUGCAAUUCAUAUGCCACCGCUUCGUCAACGAGCACUGGAAUUCCGACGACGAGCAAGGGGGACGAGGAACACUCUCAUCUUCAUCAGCUUUGUCUUCGAGCCCCGCAGCAGCUGCAGCUUCUGCGGAUCGAAAACUACAGCUUCACCUAGGAGAAAAUGCGGCGAAAGAUGAUCUGCAAGAUCACGACUUGGCAGACGAGUCUGCACCUGCUCACUCCACUUCUCGUUCUUUUCGUACUAGCGCUACCCGACCAUCCACGACCGACGUGGUUUUUUUCGAACCUACCAGCACCGGUGUGAUGACAGGCGAUACCGUAUUGCUGGAGGAGCCGCUGCACGAAACGCCACGGGGGGAGAGGGAUCAUGCUGGAAGUGACCAUCCGUGUCGGAGAGGAGCAGGGGAAGAGGAAUUUUUACAUCAGCGGCCUGGUGAUGACAAGGACACUCCUUCUUUAUCGUCUGCUGCUAGUACGGCAAGCAAGGAGAUCACGAACAAUUCUGUGGAGCUGCAGAUGAGGCUGGAAGCGCUUUCACCCGGCGAAGAUGGGACUGGGAAAGGGCGGGAAGAUGAAGUUGGUACUACGUCUAUGGCAAUAAAGAAUCAUGAGGUCGACGACGACGAAGCCUCGACAAGUUCGACGUCGCCCACGAGCCCCGGGCCGGCGCACGGGAAGAUCUACGACCGCCAGCGACGCAUCGCCGCCGCGGCGGUGAAGAACGGCCACAAAAUCACGCGAGGGCCCGGUGGAGCUGGUCCUGGGGGCCCGCUCGCGGGGGGCGGUGUUGACGCAGCGGCCACCGCAAAAAACCUGGAGCUGGGGUAUCCUAUGUAAAAACGUCCCCACCCCAUAGUCAAGAUGGGAAAUCGGCUAGACAAAUCCACAAGUUUUGGCUGUUUUGCAUGACAAAUUCGGACUCGUAGUGUAGUGCUGUUUGAGGUAGCUCAGCAGCAGCACAGAUCCAGCGCACCAUGCUGAUUGGAGCAUGACAAAUUUCAAAAAGUGACUAGAAAAUGCUUCCCAUGGGGCUCCGCAUGAGAGACAUGCAUAGCAUGCAGAUUUGCAUUACAACUAUGGGGUGGGCAUGUUUUUAAAUACGAUGUGGGGCUGCCUUUUAUCAAGAACCGGGUCCGCUUUAACUUGAAGCCGGAAUUCCAAAGUAUCGAGCGGCGGGGAAGGAAAGCGAAGGGGGCCGGGAAAAUGGCUACCAGCGCUGGACGGGGCGCGGCGGGAGUUGGAGGAGCAGCUGCAGGUUCUUCUUCGUCUUUCCUUCCGAACGAGAGGCAGCGAAGCGCUUUGCUAGCCACCGGGAAUAGUAAAGGUGAAUCAACUACCGCUACUAGCACAGGGAAAGGAAGUAGUUCUUCAUCUUCCAAAAGCAACGCAAAAAUCUCACCCGCGAAGGUCGCCAGCAAUGAAAAUGAGUUGCCAGUACCACAAGGCGAGAUCACGAAUGCGGGUGAGGUGGAUGAAAGUGAAAUAUCUCACGAUAAACAUGGUGCGAGCUGCCAGGGCGCAAUUAUAGAUGGGAACGUCAGUCGUGACACUGUUCCUACAGAGAAGGAGAAUAACAUGGCUCUUUCUACUCCUCCUUCCGCCGAACGACCCGCAGCAACAGACGUUAGCCUAGCAGCAGAACUUGCUUUACCGACUACUUAUCUUCAAAACGGGGAAAGCAGGAUACCCCCCUCGGCGAUUUGUUCGGAGACAACAAAUCCUCAAGAAGCAGGUGAGCAACAGUGUUUGUCUCCGCGAGAAGGCGAGGAUCCAGCAACCGCCGACGAAGCAGUUUUAUCGGUUCAGCCAAAAGAUGUUGACACAGGCUUCCCGAUCCCGACAAACGCUGACGCAAAUAAUGGCAUGACUGUGCCCGCGCCUGGAAUUGCCGACACUGCGGCCGAUGAAAGCUUUGAGACGGAAAAACAAGAACCCGCACAACUCGACCCGAAGCCGGACGAUGCAGCGGCAGGGGAGGAGGAGCCGGGAGUGCUUUUUCCGAGUCGUGAAAAAGACCACGACCGGGGCAUAUCUUCAGAAGGGCUUGUUGGUCAUUCGCGUCAACGUUCUGGGUCUGACAGCAACCACGCACAAGACCUGAACCACGAAGAUUUUAAAUUCGUUGGCUCAGCCAGUGCAUUAAUAUUCGAGCCGGCCGAGCAACGGGAGGUGAGCCUAUCGCAGCUCGCGGGGGAAGACAGCGCCCGCAGUCUUCCGCCACCAUCUUCCUCGAACAGGGAAGCACGAAGCGCCGCAAAAUCGAUCGCGAGGUUGGAGACGACCACCGGGUGUGAGCGGACGCAGCCGGUCUGGAAUUUGAGCCUGAGUAACGACGACGAGGACGAUGAUGAUGAUGGUGAUCAUGCUAUACAGGAUGCGGCACUCCCUCCGGAUACUCGCUCAGGAGAACGAAGUAAACAAGAACGUGAUGGAAUAGCUUCCUCAACUGUUCCUCAGCCACCUAUAUCUACAGUCGACACUACUGAGGUGCUUAAUGCGCCGUCCAAACGCCAAGAGGAAAACGACAAGCCUGUUCGCGACCACGUAGCUCUGGCGCAAACUUGCAUCGACCCGGACCUCCUCGUUCAGAUUCACACGACGUUGAACCAAGACCAGGGCGACGACCAAUCGUAUCUGAUGAGAAAGCUGCGACGCCAGGUGGUGGACUACCCCGUGGAGCAACAACUGCUGGUGUGGAAAUACCUACGGAAAGAAAAGUUGGUGUUGAAGAAGUGCAACGACCCCACGGAAUUGUCCGAUAUGACCAAAGUGGGGUCGAAAAGCAGUUUGAAAAUCCAGCUCUUCUUGUCGCAACUGAUCGAACGGUUGGCAGAAAUUUUGGAGCGGGGAAACGAAAGGAAGAGGUGAAGCAGAACAAGUGGCGUCGUCUUGCUGCAGGUGACUGGCGCGACCAUGGGUAGAAGUUGUAGCAUUGUCAUUCACGAGAAGGAAGCACUGAUCAUCUGAACUAUAAUCUCGGGUAGAACAAGUUGUUGAAACUUCCUGGCUACCAUGUGCGACGACAAGUUUCGGCGAUUUUUUCAAUUGCACAGUGGCAGGAGGUUUCUUCCCUGGACGAGAAAGCAAGAAUUUCCCGACUUUUUCUGGCUUGGCCGGGUCAGUGAGUCAAAGAGUCUCUCGAGCACCUACUUCGGCUCCUUUGCUUCGUACUUUCCGCAACGCCGGCGACAAGCUGUCUGCACGAGGUAUUUGCUCCAGGGCUUGAUGAGCAUAUCAAGAUCAACCUCAACGCGCAGUUUUCUUCAGAUCGGGCCUUGCUUUCGUUUUCAGAUCGGACGACGCAACACCAGAAAGGAAAACACAACUCAGGACAUAAAAGACGCGCGUUCCGGAACGAGAAAAUGUAGUGAUAAUUCAGUGAGUUAUCACUUUUUGAAAAAUAUCACUCCGGGAUUUCGUACGCGGUGGAUUUGAAAAUGGAAACUAGCACCGGGGACGCUCGCAGCAACGCGCUCUGAUUCUUUUUUUUUUUUGUACAG